AUGCGUUUGUUCGGUACAGCAGCCCUCGUGGCCGCCUUGUUCGCGACGACCGUGAUAGCAGGGAUGGAACAGUUGGCGGCUGUUUUACCCUCGUGUGCGCUGGAUUGUAUGAUUGCUUCGGUGUCGCAAUCGUCCUGCGAGACAACCGACCAGGCAUGUCUAUGCAAUGAUGCACAUUACACAGCCGUUCUCCAGAAAUGUGUUGUCACUAGUUGCACAAUUCGAGAAUCUCUAACUACAAAAAAUGUCACGAUGACAGUGUGCGGGGAGCCUAUCCGGGAUCGCACAAAGAUUGUUUCUUACGCAGGAAUUGCUGGUGGAAUUAUAGCCCUUGUCGCUUUCAUCCUCCGCAUGUUGGCUCGAUUGAGCUGCUGUGGUGGCGUUUUUGGCGCGGAUGAUUGGACAAUGAUAUUGACAAUGGCUUUGCUCAUUCCACUCUCAGCACUCUCCGUCGUCUUGGCCAAUGCAGGGUUAGGAAAGGAUAUGUGGACCCUUCCUUUCGACAACAUCACCCAUAUUCUUUAUGUCUAUUUUUGGGACGAAUUGAUCUAUCUAAGCAUUCUCCCGCUAACCAAAAUAUCAAUCUGCUUCUUCUACCUUCGUAUCUUCCCUAAUCGAAGGUUUAGGAUAGCAACUUACAUCACCAUUGGACUGAAUGUCUCCUACUGGAUCGCCUUUAUCUUGAUCUCGGUGUUCCAGUGUCGACCUCUACCCGGAGCGUGGCACCGCUGGUAUGGGGAAGAAAACUACAAGUGCAACCAUAUCAAUGCACAGGGCUGGGCAGCGGCAGUUCUCAACAUGGUCCUUGAUAUUAUUGUCAUGGUGCUUCCACUGCGCCAGCUAUACGGCCUAAACCUUUCUGUGAAACGGAAAUCAUUCGUAAUGUGCAUGUUCUGCCUGGGUAUCUUUGUCACGCUUGUCAGCAUCCUGCGGCUGAAUUCAAUGAUUCACUUUGCCUCUACCACUAACCUAACAUGGGAUUACGUGACUGUUGGGUACUGGAGUACUAUUGAAUGCGAUGUUGGCGUUAUCUGUGCAUGUCUGCCCGCCAUUCGAUCCUUACUACGUCGUGUAUCUCCCGGACUCUUUGGCGAUACUGAGCAAGCCAAGUCAUCAUACGCUAUGAACUCCCAUUCUCGCGGGAAUGGAUCUCAAUUUGCAGCUGUCCCUGUCCAGAGCAAGAAUGGUGCUCGCCAGUUCUACCCACUUGAUGAGGUGGACACCUCUGAUGAAGCCCGGCUACACCACCCACACCCGGUGUAG